UAAGGAUUACUCCCAGUAAGUUAACGACAAAAUGCGAGCGGUUGCAAACAUUUGAAGCGGAGCGUUUUUCUCCAUCAUGUUUCGAAUGUUUUUAUAUCGUCGUAUUUCUGCCAAGUGCUCCCCGCUCCCAGCACCGGAGUCUCUCUUCCUAACACCGCGGGCGAAAGGUGUUUUUAUUCGGACGCAGACGCGUUUCGUCGGUGGCAAAAUCAAUUUUAUACACCGAUUAAAGUCCAGAACGUGGCUGUAUGGCGCUGGUGUGGGCAUUGUUUUAGCAGUGGGUGUGAAAUACGGGUCUGACUCUGCAAACAGCUCAUGUGAUGAUAAAGUUGAAACAGCACAAAAGACUCAUCCGUACGCAAAUGCCAUAGAAGUGAGCAGAGACCUGCUAGAGCGGAUAAAGGUAGGCAAAGAGGCUGAGGUCGGAGCUCCUGGACUGAUAGUUGGGGUCGCAGUGGAUGGUGUUCAAGUGUGGUCUGAAGGCAUUGGCUAUGCUGAUUUGGAGAAUCGUGUCCCAUGCACUCCUGAUACGGUGAUGCGGAUCGCCAGCAUCAGUAAGUCCCUCACAACUGCAGCUGCCGCACGACUAUGUGAAGAAGGGAAACUUGAUCUUGAUGCUCCCGUCCAAAAAUACGUGCCCGAGUUUCCUCAGAAACAGUUUGAUGGGAAAGAUGUUACAAUAACUUCUCGUAUGAUACUGUCACACCUAAGUGGCAUAAGGCACUACGAGAAGGAUGCAAAUAAAGUUAAGGAGGACAAAGAGAAAGCCAAGCGACUUCUUAAGCAUCCAGGCACAAGUAAACAGAGAGACGAGGAGAAGAGCUUACCUGAAAACAGAGACAAACCCGGAGGAAAUCAACCAUCUAAAGGUAAAGAAUCCGCUCCGGGUCAACGGAAAAAGGAGUUUGAGCACGAAGAAUACUACAUAAAAGACAAUUAUGAAAGCGUUAUUAAGUCCCUGGACCUUUUUAAGGACGACCCACUCAUUUUCAAACCUGGAACCACUUUCCUCUACUCCACUCACGCUUUCACACUGCUGAGUGCUGUUUUGGAGAGGGCUGCGAACCAGCGCUUCCUGGAUAUCAUGAAGAACAUGUUUUGGGAGCUGGGAAUGCACAAUACGGUUCCAGAUGAGAAUGACCCAAUUAUAUAUCAUCGCUCCAGAUUUUAUCACCUCAACAAGCGAGGGCGAGUUGUAAACUGCCCAUACGUAGACAUCUCCUACAAAUGGGCCGGAGGCGGCUUCCUCUCCACUGUGGGAGACCUGCUGUUGUUCGGCAAUGCUCUGCUCUAUAGCUACCAGGUGGCCCACCUGAAGGACACGGAGGGGUUGCUCCCUGGCUUUUUGAAACCCAAAUCAGCCAUAGAGCUGUGGACACCAGUUGACAAGACAGAAGCCUCCUGGGAUAACGAUGGACUGUACGGCCAAGGCUGGCUGGUGGUGGAGAAGCUGCAGAAGUAUGGUCAGUGCAGGAAACGCAGGCAUUACGUGUCCCACACAGGAGGAGCUGUGGGGGCCAGCAGCGUUCUUCUGGUGUUACCCAGUGAUGAGAUGGACCAACGCCAGGGACGGACUCUCUACCUCCCUCAAGGGGUGGUGGUCACCAUUAUCACGAACAUGCAGUCUGUGGGACUGAAUAGCACUGCACUAAAAAUUGCUCAUCGGUUUGACAAAGCUAGAAAUGUGUGAGAGCAUGUCAAUAAAAAUUCACUGAAAACUGUGCAGCCACAGUUUUCAGUGUUUUCAGCUCCU